GACUACGCCCUAUGCGCGACCAACACACACUACCAGUGCGGCCCGACGUACCACGGACUCAGAGGACAUAACAGUUAUAUCGGCUACAUCGUGAUGCCGAUCCGUUACCUUCCUCGUGUACGUAGGCGCAACAUCGCCUACCGCCUCACUAAGCGACUACGGGCAUUUCCUUCGCAACGGCUACUUGAUCACAUGAUGUUGUAUAUCGACGUGGACUGUGCCCUCACGCACGACAAGCCCAAGAUGCUACCACAGUGGGACUUCACUCGGAUCUUCCUUGCUUCGCACGACGAAAGGUACCACUUGUGGGCGAAGCAGCUCCGCGACGACAUCGAGAGAGACUUGACGAACCUCCUGCGCGAGUACGG